AUGCCAGGCGUUAUGGAUAUCAAUCACUUGCUAUGCCGUCCCAUGAUCAACAAGUCUGAUUGCAAUUAUCAACACACUCUACUUUCAUCCGAAAUGCCUUCCCCAACGCACGCUUUUUCUCAACAGCACUACUACGUUUUGCCUCUACCUGCCAAUUUUGACAAUGUGGAGUUUUGGCAACACAAUCGAUCCAUGAGCACAGCAAGUAUUGCCAGUAACACCAGCACCUGUACUACAAACAGCAACUAUAGUAGCAGCAUGAACUCUUUUAUUACAACGGAUCAACCUCAGAAAUACAGAAGACGUGUUAGUAGCGAGAGCGAUACGAAAUUCAUUGCUUACUCAAAUCACCAGCAACAGCGACAAAAGCCUGCUACUACCAAGCGUAUAAGAGCGAAUUCUGUUUCUUACAUUCAAACCAGGACUCCUUGGACGCCAGCAGAAGACGAUCUUUUACAAAAGGGGUACCAGCAAGGAUUAUCAUGGGCUAUGAUAUCAUGUACUUUCUUGCCACAUAGAUCGCGUGGGUGUUGUUGGGGCCGAUUUAAAACGCUACAAAGCAAAAAUGCAAUUGAAGUAUAUCAACAAAGAAUUUGUCAACGACCUUGGAAAGCACACUAUAAAAAGUAA